AAAUACUGUAUGUGAGCAACAAAGAAUUUUCAAUAUUUCUGAACAAGUAUCUAUUGGACAUAUUAUUGGAUAUUUAAAUGAUACUCCAUCAUAUGGUAUUAAAGCUAAUUUUUACAUUGCUUAUCCAGAUAAUAUUGGUGAAAUCGAAAAA